GCGCAAACCAUCGACACGUCUCCUCGAAACACAUGCACAUAUUGUUUGCGCAAAGUUCUUGACAAACCGCAAUCGUCACCAUCCCGGUCCCGCAGCGGCUCUGCUUGCCACGAGUUUCGUGUGCCAAACUCUGAACCUCCCGUCUCGUCAUAUUUUGGGGGCCACUUCGAACGAUCGGCGAGCACACUCCUUGCACUCUGGACAGCGACCACGCGAUUUGCGUGAAGAGUAGAGCGCAUACUAUCAUCGAAUUAUUCGCGAAUCUAGCUACUGUAACCGCGACAAUUGUCCCCAGUGGACUCGACACCGAGUACAUCCCCGCAACACGACUCGGCCUUUCUCCCCUGCAACGUCGAUAAGUGCAUAAACCAGUGCGAGCAUACUGUACCGACGAAGAAUAGAUCCAAGAGCCUGGGAAAGCGCAGCUGUGGCGUAGUAUACUUCAGCGCACCACGGCGCCGGCCGUGUGGCCACGGUAGUAGAAGGGAAGGAGAAGCCACGAGUACACUACGUGGCCAGGAGUUGAGGCAGGAGGAAUCGUUGAACUCAGGACAGAGCGUUCUGCGGCCAGCGUGCCAGAGGUUGCGCUGUACGCAGCCAAGUCGGAUGCGGUCUCCAUCUUGCGAUGGAUCCGCAAAGCCAGUCUUUUACCCCGUCGUUCAACAUCAAUAACAACGGCAAUACUACGGGCAUCAUUGGCGGUAGCAACGGUGAUCACUGGAGGGUUCAAAACGAUCUGCUCCGUGUACAGCAAAUCCAGGCGGAACACGCCGAGAGGAUAGCGAGGCUGGAGAGGAAACAGGACGACGAUGCUCGGAUGAAGAGCGUAUGGGGGAACCAGUCGCCUUUUCCGAGUGUGCUGAGUGGGACGCCGCAACACGGGCCGCUCCAGCAACCUGCUGCAGAUCGUUUCGCAGGUUUCGACGACGAGGCCAACAACCUCAUGAGCAGCCUCCACUUGGAUGCCGAAGAGGAGCCUCGAAGCAGAGCCCUGGGCGCUACUUCGAGGGCGAACAGUGUACGAUUCGAUGAGAGCGCGAAUCAGAACCACUUUUCGCAUUCUUCGAGGCCUUCUAUGGAUUUCUUCUCUAGGACAGGGAGCGGAUUAGGAGGAUUGCAGAUGACCGAGCGGACUUCGUCACAUAAGUCGGAAGGACGUGCCAGCUCGGUGCACUCAAUGCGCUCUGCAGCUUCCGGUCGUGCAAGUAGCCUCAACUUGGAUACUGCUGCUUAUGGACUGGAUUCUGCACGAUCGCCCUCUGAAGCACCAGGCCUGGCUCCGGGGCUUCUACUGUUAGGCGCUGUUCCUGCUAUCAUACGGUGUUGGAUGAACACGAACUUCAAGCAUGAUGCUUUGCUCUAUGCUGCAGUGUGUACAGGAUCAUACAAAUCAUUUCUGGAUUUGCGACUCAUUCAAAAGUUGGGAUUCGAGGAUGUCAUCGUUGCUCAUGAGGAAGGCUAUCGGACAGUGGAGCUACCUAUCUACUUUCCAGAGGCUGUGCCUCACCCUGCUUCUUCCAGGUCGAGCAGUCCUGCGCCACAGCUACCUUCGCUCCGGGUCGACUUUCGCGUGAUCGAACAAGUGACACAAGACGACAACGACAAGUCAAUACAGAUCUUCAUCGGAAGCGAUGUUCUUCGUGCACACAACGCGGAUAUUCUAUUCUCAUCCAACAGCAUGACACUGUAUGAUGACGAGCGAAGUAAGCUGAGCAUACCACUGUCACGGCCCGAAAACGAAGCCGCCUUCAAUUCACUGCAUGUUCUCAGCGGAUCGCUACCCGGAGCCGGCGUGAACGCUUCAAAAGCACGAGUUGUGACACCUGAGCGGCCCCCGUACCUCAAUGGGCUGGGGCGUGGUAGCAGCACGGCUUCUGUGUCGUCCGCGGCAGCGAGUCCGCCGCCCGGCAAAUACAGACCUCCCGGCAUUGUAGCAGCCGAAACAGGCGCCACGGACUUGACCAAAUCUGGCACAACUGGCUCCGACUCAGAUUCGCGCCCUGGCCUUCCUGCUCGCCCUUCCUUGGCGAUGCUUAACACCAAGACUGAUCGAGAAGAUCCGUCUUCAGACUCAGGCGGCACUUCGACGACUACUGGCAAAUCUACUGUGGCUACUCCUGCCAUCUGGAGCAGUUGGCGCCGUGAUGGGUCGACUUCAGCUUCGGCCGCUCCCUCGUCAUCAGCCGGUGGGUCCCUCGACUGGGCCAACGCAGGUAAGAACCGCGAGCUCGUAUACCAACGCAAAGACACAGGCAUCAAAGUCUUGAAACCGAAGACCGCAUCGAGGACGGUAUCUGCUGCCAAUGCCCCUAUCCCGUCGUCUUCUUCCGGCACAGCGAGUCCUGCACCUGUCACUGAGAGCAGUAAGAGCCGCUUCUUUGACGAAGGCAGACGGAUCAGCACUGCCAUUGGUAAUGAGAGACUCACGAGGGAGAAUACGAAGGAGAACUCGGGCGCUUUGGCGACGCCCACGACGCCUGGAGGGAGUACGGUGAAGACGAAAGCGAAUCCUAUAGGAGGGGCUUCGGCUUUUUCUUGGUUGGGGAAGUAGGUGUGCUUGUUGAACAUCCAUUGUCCGGACGGUUCAGCUGUGUGUAUGGGUUCUUUGGAAGCGUACGUAUGUUGACAGCUCGCUUUGCUAGUCGCACGUUUGGCAGCUGUUGGAAUGCAUGAUGACAGUCCUGCAGUGGGAAUCUUCCUCUCGUUGCGUGUUGGGUUUGGAGAAUGAGAGUAUGCUCAGGGCUUCACAUUCAUGCUGACGUGCUGUGGUAGGAUGUGUG